UGGAAGGCUGACAGAAACCCAAAUUAGCUCCUACAAAAAGGCAGUGCUAACAAUAUUGUAAGACUUUUGCUCCGAUAGCCUGGCCCUUGAUUGCUUCCGUGGCCAGAACAAUGAGACCGAACGGUCCAAAUCAGGCGCCUCGACGCAAGCUCAUACCGAAUCUAUUCAGCAGCAUCCUGCGGGUGGUCGCCGAGUCGGACCGUCCGCUGACGCAGCACGAGAUCGUCGAGGCCGUGUCGGAGCGCUUGGAACGUUCCGAUGAAGAGCUGAAGCGGCAAGUAACUGUCAACCUGCACGACGCCCUCAUCUAUGGGUAUUUGCGUGUGAAGAACUAUCGCUACUCGAUUGUGCCCAGUCGCUUGGAUCCGAAUGAGCCGCGGGAGCAGAGCCGCAAUGCAUCGAGCAAUCGGCGUCGAGACGAUGCUGUCAAGCAAUCAGCCAGUCAAAAGGCAAAGGCCGAGGAGAAAAGUACGCAAUAA